AUGUCUGUUGAUCGGAGUGCACCAACGUCACAGCUCCGUCUAGAAUGGGUGUACGGCUAUCGUGGGCACAAGUGUAAGAAUAACCUCUACUACACCGAAAGUAAAGAAGUGGUAUUUUUCGUGGCGGCCGUAGGUGUUGUGUUCAACAGCAGAGCACAUAAGCAGCGCUUCUUCUUCGGACACAGCGAUGACAUCAUUAGUCUGGCGCUCCAUCCAAACCAAAGCAUAGUCUGCACAGGUCAAAUUGGUAAAUCGCCCUACAUGUGUGUGUGGGAGAGCGUCACCAUGAAAACCUUGUCAAUUCUGAAGGACGGCCACACGACCGGCAUCGCUGCUAUCGACUUCUGCAACGAUGGAAACAGACUGGUGUCAGUGGGCCUUGACAACUACUCGACCGUGAAUGUUUGGGACUGGAGAAAGGGUAGAAUCCUUGCUACUACAAGAGGACAUUCAGACAGGGUGAUUGAUAUCCAGUUUCAUCGCUUCACUGAGAAUCGCAUCGUGUCCUGCGGAGUCAAGCACAUAAAAUUCUGGAACCUCUGUGGAAACUCGCUUACGUGCAAGAAGGGUGUUUUUGGCAAGCUUGAGAAAAUAGAAACAGUCCUCUGUUUGGCCUUUGCUUCUGGAGAUGUCACAUAUUCUGGGAUGACCAGUGGUAACAUCUAUAAGUGGCAGGGAACUAAGCUAAAAAAUGUCAUCGAAGAUGCGCACAAAGGAGCAGUUUACUCGAUGGACACGUGCGAGGAAGGUUUCGUGACGGGAGGUAAGGAUGGCUUCGUGAUCACGUGGUCUUCGGAUUUUAAUAUAAUCGGGAGAUUCAGCAUGCAGGAACACGACGUCGGAUACAAAGGGUUGGUUGUGCGGUCAGUCUGCUGGCGGGAUGACCGUGUCCUGGUCGGCACGCGGGAUUCGGACAUCAUCGAGGUGUCAGGCCUCGGCGCCGAGUCGGACACGCUCAAGGUCGAAUGCAUCGCGCGAGGUCACGGUCAAGGUGAACUCUGGGCGCUGGCUGUGCAUCCGAAUCCGAAGAAGACCAUCUUUGCGACGGGUAGCGAUGACAAGACAAUCAGAAUCUGGAGCAUGGUGGACAAUGCACUGCUCAUGUGCACAAGCGUGCCGGAUAAAGUGCGCUCGCUCGCAUUUAGAGCAGAUGGACUCCACCUAGCGGCAGGAUUCUGCGACGGAAGCUUCAUAGUAUACCAAACGAAUGACAUGUCGCAGGUGGUGCAUGGUCGUGACAGGAGAGAAGUCAUACAUGAGAUGAAGUACUCGCCUGAUGGAGACUUCCUUGCCGUCGGUUCCAAUGACAACCAUGUCGACAUCUACGAAGUGCACGCCAACUACAAGAGGGUAGGACAUUGCUCGGGUAGCUCCAGCUUCAUCACUCAUCUGGACUGGUCACAUGAUGGCAGCUACGUACAGACUAACAGUGGCGCCGCCGAGCGGCUAUUUUUCAAAAUGCCUGAGGGGAAUCGCGUUACCAGUGCCGACGAGAUUGCUGCUAUACAGUGGGCAACGUGGACGUGCGUGCUCGGAUCGGAGGUCAACGGCAUCUGGCCGAAGUACACGGACACGAACGACGUGAACGCCGUAGACGUCUACAUGGACGGAGAGGUCAUAGUGACCGCCGACGACUUUGGCCUGGUCAAGCUGUUACGGUUUCCGUCUCCGAAGAAAGUCGCCAAGUUCCGAAAGUACAUCGGCCAUUCAGCCCACGUGACCAACGUGAGAUUCUCGAGCGAUUACAGUCGAGUUAUCUCGACAGGUGGCGCUGAUCAGGCCAUCUUCCAAUGGCGCUUUCUAACAACGGAUGCCGUGGAAACAGGCCCAGCUACUGUCGAAUCAGACAGCGACGAGAGCAACUCGGACGUGUCUGACUACGAAGGUCUGGAUUCCGAGGUGGAGCAGGAGAAUCAGGUGCUGUACGAGCGCCCUGUGCGCCCGAUAGAGGGCGCUGUAAGGCCCCACAACGAUGAGCCGCAGACAAGGACGAAAAGCCCUGGCGAAGGGCUUUAUCUGAAACACGUGUUCGGGUAUCGUGGCUACGACUGCCGACACAACCUCGCCUACCUGCAUACGGGCGAGGUGGUGUACCACGUCGCCGGCGUCGGCAUCGUGCUCAACACGGGCGCGGGCACGCAGCGCUUCUACGUCGCUCACAGCGACGACAUCCUCUGCCUCGCCGUCCACCCGACCAAUGACGUCGUCGCCACGGGACAGGUUGGUCGAUCCCCACCAAUCCACGUGUGGGACGCUGGAAGCCUAAAGACCAUCUCCAUUCUGAAGGGGGAGCAUGAACGAGGAGUGUGCGCAGUCGACUUCUCUGCCGAUGGUAAAAAACUGGCAUCGGUUGCCUUGGAUGACAACCACGUUAUCGUCGUAUGGGAUUGGAAGAAAGGAGAGAAACUAGCUUCUACUAGGUCACACAAGGACAAGGUAUUCAUGGUCAGAUGGAACCCACAAGACAGCAUGAAGCUAGUCACCGUUGGUAUCAAGCACAUCAAGUUUUGGACGCAGGCCGGUGGGGGAUUCGUUUCGAAGAGAGGUGUAUUUGGCGACGUUGCCAAGCAAGAUACUAUGAUGUGUGCAGUCUACGGAGUGCAGCCCGACACCUGUUACACAGGAACACAAAAGGGUAAUGUUUACAUCUGGUCUGAGAACAACUUACAGGUGUGUGUACCUGCCCACGAAGGACCUAUAUUUGCUAUCUACUUGGUAGAAAAGGGCUUCGUCACAUGCGGCAAGGACGGCUGCGUGCGGCUGUGGGACAACGACGCCUUCACAUGUCGGCGAUGCUACGCCAUUGAGCAGUCGUCCGUCAUUUCCGACACUCCCGGAUGUCUGACGUCAAACAGGCCGUCGAUACGGGCAGCGAGCCUUAGGAAUAGCUACCUGCUCGCUGGCACUGCCAACGGGGAGGUGCUCGAGAUUAGCAAGGCGGGAAACAUACGUGUCCUCGCGCAGGGACACGCUCAGGGCGAGGUGUGGGGACUGAGCGUACAUCCGAAUCAGAACAUAUGUGUGACGAGCAGCGACGAUUGCACGCUGCGCAUCUGGCAGAUGGAGAUCCCGUGUCAGAUGAUCAGUUUCAUGAAACUGCCGAAGCCAUCUCGUGCCGUCGCUUUCUCGCCCGACGGCCGCAGCAUCGCUGUUGGAUACAAGGACGGUGCAGUUUCUAUAAUUGAUGCGGAAAUGCUGCAGGAACGGCACACCUUUCAUCAUCACAAGGAGAACAUAUCUGAUGUCAGGUUUUCACCAGGCGCAGGCAGAUACCUGGCAGUAGCCUCACAUGACAGCUUUGUCGAUAUCUAUAGCGUGCUAGAGUUGAAGCGAGUCGGCACAUGCAAGGGUAACUCCAGCUACGUCACACACGUCGACUGGGACGUCGAAGGAAAACUGAUACACACAAACUCGGGCGCCAGAGAGGAUCUGUUCUUCCUGUCGCCAAAAGGAAAACGUGUCGCUAUUCCCACACUGGAACAUGGCAAGAUUAACUGGGCAACGUUCACAUGCGUUCUCGGAGAUCUCGUCGAAGGAAUAUGGCCUCCAGGAAGUGACGUCACUGACGUGAACGCCGCCUGCCUGUCACACAGCAAGCGGCUUCUAGUCACGGGGGACGAUCUGGGACACGUGAAGCUUUUUGAGUUUCCAGUUAAGGGCAAACAUGCCAGGUUUAAGAAAUAUCAAGGUCACAGCUCACAUGUUACAAACGUCCGCUGGAGUAUGGACGACCGCCACCUGGUGUCUACAGGUGGAAACGAUACAUCCCUUAUGGUUUGGUAUCACCAAGAAUCAUCAGAGAAAAAGUGCAGCCAUGGCGACAGUGAUGAUUCAGACACGGAUUCUGAGGAGGAAGGCUAUGAUAGCGACUGUUCGCACCGAGAGUCCACGUUGGAUUUUCCGACAAAGAUCUACCGGCGACCGAACAUAGUGAAAGUGCAGAAGGCGCCGCCACCAGUGACAUCUAGUGGCAGACUGAGGAAUAUUAAAGAAGUGGAGGAAUUGGUGCUCGAUCACAUACAUGGCUAUCGAGGAUUUGACUGCAGGAACAAUGCGUUCUAUCUGAAUGAGGGCAUGGAUAUUGUCUAUCAUGCGGCCGGGGCUGGUAUCGUCUAUAACAUUUCUUCGGGUACUCAGUCAUUCUACUUGGAGCAUACUGAUGACAUCACAUGCCUCGCUAUCAAUAAACAUCCUAAGUACAAGAAUAUAAUAGCGUCAGGCCAGAUUGGAAAGAUACCUGCUGUCCACGUGUGGAAUGCCGUGACCAAGCAAACACUGUCUAUAUUACAAGGACCCCACACGAAGGGUGUGUGUUCGGUGGACUUCUCCUGUUCUGGAAAGCUGCUGGUAACAAUCGGACUGGACGAGACACACUCGGUAGCCGUGUGGCGUUGGAGUGACGGUACUCAGUCAUCUACUUGGAGAAUACCUGAUGACAACCUCACAUGGCUCGCUAUCAUAAAACAUCCUAAGUACAAGAUCAUCCACAAUACCAGCCGUCAAGGCCAUGAUUGGAAAGAUACCUGCUGUCGCACGCGGGUGUUGGAAGUGGCCGUGACCAAACGGCUAAACACUGUCCUACUACAUUCAACGACGGCGGCUCUUCCACUCGCCGAGUUCCGUCCGACUGCGACAGCCAUUUAUAACGUCGGCGUGAAACACUGUUCGCUCUGUCGGUCGUCCGGCGGAGAGCUGACGUCUAAGCGGGGAAUCCUGUCCGAAACCACACACAGCGCCCAGAUAAACAUGCAGACGAUGCUGUCAGUCGCAUUCGCUGCCGAGAACGUGACCUAUUAAGCGGGCUCGUUGACUGGGUCCGUGUACGUGUGGAAUGAUAAAUGGCUGCUACGCACCAUCCACGGCGCUCAUUCGGGGCCCAUCUUCGCAAUGUACACCAAACGGCAGGGUGAAGGUUGCGUGAAACUCUGGGAUCAACAGCUGGAGCAGUGCUGCACGUAUACGCUGAACAACUCUACGAGCACACAGGUGGUGCGGUCAGUGUUUAGGGGAAAGGGGCGAAUCCUCGUCGGGACCCAGGCGGGGGACUUGCUCGAACUAGUAGAGAAGUCUCGCUCUGUUCAGACGCUGAUGCGAGCACACGCCGAGGGAGAGAUCUGGGGCCUGAGGGCGCAUCCCUUCAAGUCCGUGUUCGCUACUGGCAGCGACGACGGCACCAUCCGACUUUGGGAUUUACUCAGCAAGACGUUGAUACACAAGAUGGACAUAGGCACUGCUGUACGCUGUGUGGAUUACAGUCCCGAUGGACAUCAGCUUGCAGCCGGAUUUCGCAACGGGGAAUUCAUCAUUCUGGCAGUGCCAAGCGGCAAGGUGUGGAGCAGGAAAUGCGACCGCCGCACGCCUAUCACUGAUAUCAGCUGUAUCUACAUUAUCAUUCAAGCUGCGCCGCACCGACGCUACGUCGGACAUUCCGCCCACGUAACGAACGUGAUGUUUGCCUACGAUGAUCGUUAUCUGAUUAGCACGGGAGGCGACGAUAGCUGUGUAUUCGUAUGGAGGUGCCAGUAACCAUGGAAACGACUACUAAGAAGCUGUACAAAGACAUGCUAAUUAAUUACUCUCA